AUGGAAGGAGACGGCGAGCACAACGCCCCCCAGAGGCCCGAGCCGCCCGUCUUCAAAGCACCCAGGCUCGUCUCGCGCCCCAAGCCACCAGUUCAGCAAGAGGAAGAAAUGGGCUCCGAGAUCAAGCUCGGCGACUUCGAAGACGUCCAUGCCCUCUCCGUCUCAGAGGCCCGCGCCGUCGUCACCGCCGUUCACGAGGCGCGCAAGAAGAAGGACCCCGAGAACAACCCGCUGCGCGACCGCAUCUACAACGAUAGCAUCACAAUCACCCAGUUCCUCGACUACCUCGACAACUUUGCCCGCUACAAGGAAGAAGACAGCCUGCACUCCAUCGCCGCCCUCUUUGACGCUCACCCCGAAAUCUCCGUCGUCGAAAAGGCACUGCUGGGAACCCUUACCCCCGAUACCGCCGAGGAAGCCACUACCCUCAUCCCUUCCCUUAAGAUGGACGAGGACGAGCUGCAGCUAAUUCUCGAUGAACUGAACAAGAUGCGUGAGUUGGAAAAGAUCAAGAACACCGUUAUGGGCACCUGA